CAAGUGAAAGCCAGCUCAGCUGAGAAGAAACACCACUGAGGUGAGAACUCUUUCAAGACUGGCCUUUUAGAAAAGGAUUGGAGAAAGCAGAAAGCAGGAGAUGUCUUGGGAGCCAGGUUUCAGUGUGAGUGGGUGACUAUGUUAAAGAUGCUAUGAUGGCACUGGCAAGAAUUCUACGUACAGCGUGGGAAAAAUGCCCCUGGAAAUUCUCUGAUGUAUUCAACGCGCUGUCUGCAAGCUUUCGGCAACGUACCGGAGCGUGGCGCUCAGAACAAAAGUAGAAUGGAUUCACAUAACAGAAACGAGGGAAGAUUCUCCAAACUGAGAAACGGAAAAGGAAUUCCAGAAACUCAGGAAAGAGAUCCAGAAUCCCAGCAAAAUUCUUGCAGUGUGGUAGAAUUAAGGAAGAAAUUUGAGCCUCCGGCCUUAACCCAUGGGCCAGAGAAACCCCCACAGAAGGGAAGCAGAGUGGAUUCAUCAAAGAGAGUCCCAGCAAACUUCUCCAAGCAGAGCAAGGGGAAUGAAGAUCCAGUAAUUCUGGAAAGAGCCUUAAACCACGUGCCUGAGAAAUCAUCCCGGAAGGAAAGCAGCGUGGAUUCACAUAGGAGAGUCCAAGCAAGUUUCUCUAAGCCAAGCAAAGGCAAUGCAGAUCCAGUAAUUCUGGAAAGAGAUCCAGAAACCCAGAUACAGCCUCAAGGGAUCCAAGAUCUGAAGAAGGUGUUCGAGCCUCCAGCCUUAAACCACGUGCCUGAGAAAUCAUCCCAGAAGGAAAGCAGCGUGGAUUCACAUAGGAGAGUCCAAGCAAACUUCUCCAAGCAGAGCAAGGGGAGUGAAAAUCCAGUAAUUCUGGAAAGAGGAAGGACAGUGGAGAUGAGCACCUCAGAGGUCGUGGAAUCCAUGAGGGAGGAAAUGGAGAAGAUUCUGAGCCAGAAACUGGCUGUGUUGCAGAGAGAACUGAUAACGACCCAGCAUGCAAUCCCACCCAUGAAGGAACCGACCGACACCUGGACUACCCUUCAGAGUAUCUCUGAGAAUGUGCAAGCCCUGCAGAAAGGUUUGGAGAGCAUGCAUGUGUCCACAAAGGAGGGCCUUCAGAUGCUCAGAGCAGACCUGGAGGAAAGAGUACCAAAAGCAUGGAAUACACCCAAAAGGUCUGAGUCUGAAGAGAAUCUGUUGGAUGUGGAGAACCCUGGAGGUUUUUUCAAAAUGCAGCGCUACAAAGUUGAUGUCACCCUGAAUGCUGACACGGCUCACCCCAGACUGGAAGUGUCUGAAGAUGGGAAGAGCGUGAAUGAUACCGGUGUGAUCAGACAGGUACCCAGCAAGGAGGAGAGAUUUGAUUCCAACAUUUUUGUGUUGGCAAAGAAAGGAUACACAUCCGGAAGAAAAUACUGGGAAGUGGAUGUUGGAAAGAGAAGAAACUGGAUCUUGGGUGUUGCUUCUGAGUCUGUGGCUCGUAAAGGGACUGUGAACCUGUCCCCAAAGAAUGGCUUCUGGGUCAUAGGGUUAACAGAUGGGAAAGAGUAUUGGGCCCACACGGAUCCUUGGACUCGUGUGACAGUGAGUGGUAGACCACAGAAGAUUGGGAUCUUCCUGGACAUCUCUGCCAACAAGCUCUCAUUUUAUAAUGCCAAAAAGAAAUCAGCUUUGUACACUUUUACCAGUAUUGGUGAUAGCAGACUGGAAAGGAAAUUCAUUCCCUUCUUCUCAACAGGUUCUGGUGUCUCAGCACUUGAUACUGAGCCAUUGAAAAUCGUGCAAGGGUUUGAUGAUGAUGAUGAUUGAAUGUAUGAUUAAAUACAGAUUAUGAAAUGAGACUGAUAUGUUGUCAAAAAAUCCCCACCUUUGUGUUUCCCAGUGGAAUCUGGCUAGGUUGUUGGUACCAGAAUUUUUCAGCACUGCUUGCUAUUCCUGCUGUGAGACAGCAGAAAGAAGCGCUAGAAAUCACAUUGAUAAAUGGAGUAUAGCACUCAGUAUCCUUGUGAACUCCUUAUAAAACAUGAGUUUUAUUAAAGACUCGUGUGCGGAACUGAAAUGUCUUUUCAGAGCAGGAAGUGCAAGAUUUCAAUUUGAUAGCCCCUGGCUGUUUUUUCCCACCUCAGUCACAUGGAACUAAAUCCAGUAUCCAGGAGAUGUCCAAAAGCAGAUCACAUCAGACUCAUAUAGUCAAAUCUGCAUCAGUCACAUCAUGCUGCUUUUCUUCAGUUCAAUUCAUAUGUAUCUUCCAUGCCAUUUCUGUAGGUAUGAAGAUCAGUUUGUGGUUGAAGUUCCUGUUCCUCUCCAGAGGCAUUAAAGCAUAGCAAGGGUUAGUCUGUCAUUCCUAAGGGUCUAAAAGGUCUGAUAAAUUUUAUCCACAGAUACCAAAUAGAGAAUUAUUAGGAUUUUGCUAUUUUUCCUACUAAAGCCACAACUGUCUAGUCCAACAAUCCUUUAAAAAUGGUAUGGAAGUCGUUCCUAUCCCCUUAUUCCAGUAGAAAACCUGAAGCAUGGAUGAGGGGCUUUGUAGUGUUUCAAUGUCCUUCAAUUCCCAACCAGUGAUGAUUGACAUAUUCCACUUACCAGAAUCAAGGUGCCAAAACUUCCUGCUUCACUCUGGGCACUGUAGACCACUCCAGACUUCCUUCUAAUUACAAUUGCUCACAAUCAGUCAGUGAAGGCUCUCCUUUCUGAACUUUUAUGGAGUGUCUUUCUCAGAAGGGAUUCUCAAAAAGUCCCAGCAGUUCCAUGAAAUUGGAAGCUUGUAUUUCAGUAAUUCUUUACCUAUUUUAUACAGUAGUCUAAAUUCUGUCAAUUGAAUUGUUCUAAAUCAUGUUUGAUGAGACUGAACAACCUGCUUUAAGGUAAAGUUGUCCUUUCCCACGGCACAGAGUUUAGAGGACAAUCUUUAAAGGUCUUUUCCUACUCAGACCAUCCCAAGUAUGAAAUGAAAUGAAAACAUGUAAAAUCGUAAUAGCAAUUGGAGAACCAAACAGUAUGUGAAGGAAGAUCACAAGAAGCAUUCAGUGAAAGUUUCUGACAAAUGAAUAGCACAACUUUUGGGAGAAUUAGGAGAUAUAUUACAUCAAACAGAAAAAAAAAAGUGUUCUUCUUUCAUAUUGUAAGUUCUGGUUAGUGCCUAUGAGUAUCUACAUAAAUCCAAGUGUGAAAAAUCCUACCCUGUAAUUCAGUGUAA